UAAUUCCCAAACGCCGAGGCUCUGGCCCCCUUUCUAGUUUGCUUCCUCCUCUCUCUUCCACAAGCUCUCGGCCAUCACCGAGGGAGAACGCGGCGGAGAAGGUAGCGAGUUAAUCGGCCGGCGGCGGCGGCGGCGGCGGCGUUGCAGAUUUGUUCUUGCUAUUCAUUGGAACGUUAUCUGUCUUUAGUUUUGAGUGCCAUAUGAAGGACUUCAUUUACUUCUAAAGUUAAAUUAUAGCUCGUCAAAAGAGAUCAGCAGACAUGUUCUCUUUGUUUUAUGGUCUCUGGAAUUAUAUGUUCAGCAAGACUGAAUUCCGAGUUCUGAUUCUUGGAGUUGACAAGGCUGGGAAAACUACUUUGCUGGAGAAGUUGAAAUCAUUGUACUCAAACUCAGAGGGGCUCCCUCCCGAUAGAAUAGUUCCAACAGUUGGGCUGAAUAUUGGUCGAGUUGAGGCUUCAAAUGCAAAACUUGUUUUUUGGGACCUUGGAGGUCAGAUUGGUUUACGCACAAUCUGGGAGAAAUACUAUGAGGAGGCACAUGCUAUAAUGUAUGUUAUUGAUGCCGCUUGUCCAUCAUCAUUUGAAGAUUCCAAAUCAGCAUUAGAAAAAGUACUUAGGCAUGAAGAUUUAAGAGGGGCACCACUUCUGAUACUAGCAAACAAGCAGGAUUUGUCAGGAGCAGUUUCGGCUGAGGAAAUAGCAAGAUAUUUGGAUCUGAAAGAGCUAAAUGAAAGAUUAUAUAUGUUUGAAGCUGCAUCUGCAUUCAAUGGAAUAGGGAUUAAAUCUGCUAUCAACUGGUUAGUAGACGCGAUGGAAAGAAGCAAACGCACAGAAAUGCUUAGAGUUCGGGCAGGUGUAAACAGGCAUGUCUAAUGAUUUUAGCAAUCUCUGACCACGUUGAGAAUCUGGCAUUCGAUCCAUAUGAAUCGCUUGUGAUCUCAGGACAACGUUGCAUUCUAUGUCUCCUUGCAUCAUCAUGAGGUGUUUAUGCAUCUGAUUAGUUGUUUGUUCUCCUAUAUAGCAUGGCAUUUGUAUAUCUGUAAAAGUUUGAAAGCUACGUGGAAAUAUUCAAUCCAGAAUGGCUAAUAAAUUUAAAGGAAAAUACAUAGAAAUGAAUUUGGUCCA